AUCGAGCAAUACCUGUAAUCAUCUAGUUUUCAACUCUUUCGCUGCUCGAUUGCAUUACCCUUGUCGGCUUCCAACCGGGAGGGAAUGAGAGUGAGAGAAAACUCUGAGCGACGAAGGACCACGCGGUCUGCCGCACCACACACAUAUCCGCCAGCUACGACCACAAUCAUAACGAUAUGGCUGGCUGCGACUCCUGUGGCUGAUUUUCCUUCAGCGUGCCCGGCAUGCUGUCCGAAACGGAACAACGAUUCAGAUAUUCUUUUGACUUCGAUCUGAAAAGUUGUUGUCAUUAGGAGCUAAUCUUUUAACCUUUCUUUCAUCGCCAAAACAUAAUCGCUAAUUAGACAAAUUUCGCGCCCACGUUCCGACGUUGGGCUUCUUUCGACCGGAGAAUCAAAGUAAUCGAGUGCAAUCGUGAGAGCGAGAAUUGUCGAAACUAGUCGGCAAUUAGCAUACCUAACUGGAGAACAAAGGAACCGUUCUCGUCGAAAUUAGGAUUUCAUCCAUUGCGCGCACUGUGAUAUAAACAAUUGUGACGGACUGUGGUGCGGUGAUAUACGAUACGCAAACGGAGAGUCACGUGUGAAGGAGAGACUGAUACGCGGCAGUGAUUUUUUUUUCCAAAGUCGCUUAGAUCUGUUGAUUUUAGUUUUAGUUGUUGGAUUUCGUUAGUUAGUUUAGGCUCGAAUUUAUUUGUUUUAAAUUUGUUGAGGGGUUUUGUUGCAAUUAUCCAAUUAGUUUUUGUUAGAUUGAUUUUUAUCUUUUCGAAAUUCGUCGCUUAUUUUUGCACGAUUUUUUUUUCACUCGCGCGUAUGUCAUUGCUUUCGCGUAUGUCAGCAGCGAUCGAUCGCAUUAGUUCGCGUUUGCUCGGGAUGUGCUUUGAAUGUGCCUUGUAAGUUCGCAAUCGGGAAUGGAACACACGCCGGUUUCUUCGCCCACGACGGUCUCGAGUGGUGUCAUAGUACAGAGUUGUGCACAGGUGGUAGAUGAUGGUGGUAGAUUACUGGCAGGGGGUGUUAGCGCUAGUGUAGGUAGUCUUUCCGAUAGUAAUCUUAGCUCGACGACGGUGACAACGGGUAUCGGGGCGGCCGCUGGUGACAAACCAAAGAUUACCACUUCGGUGGCUGGUUCCACUACGGCGACACCGGUGAAGGCAUCGUCCGGUGCUUUGACAACUAGCUCAGCGGCUACUUCGUGUGUGGCCAGUCCCGUGCUGAGCCCGCCGAGGAAGAUCUGGGGACGCAACAACAACGGUACAAUGGUGGAAACAUCCUCUCCGUCCAACGAAGCUGAGCUUCAACUGUACCGAGUGUUGCAGCGAGCUAGUCUGUUGAAUUAUUACGAUACGCUGCUGGAAAUGGGUGGCGACGAUCUACAACAGCUUUGCGAGGCAUGUGAAGAAGAGUUUCUCGAAAUCAUGGCCCUGGUGGGUAUGGCGUCGAAACCUCUCCACGUGCGACGACUUCAGAAGGCGUUACAGGAAUGGGUCACCAACCCGUCCGCUUUCCAAAAUCCUCUCACCAGCAUGGAUACCCCGUCAAGGCUGACCUACAGUCCAGGACCCGGAUCGAUAGCACGUAGUGUUAGCAGCUACCCUACAGCAUCCGCACCAACCUCUAGCUUCAUUGCAAAUCCAUCGUCCAGUACAAAUCUACAGCAGUCGUCUUCUCUGGGGCAUCUAGCAACUAGUUUAACGAGCAGCAGUAUCAGUAGCAACGUGGUCAGCCCUAUUGGGUCCACCACCGCUAACCCACUGCAGUUGUCGCCGAGCCUUACCGAAGAUCAGGUCAUCAAGAUCAUCCAAGCAGCUGAACGGCUGUCCCGGACGAUUCCCCGUCAUCUGGAACCACGACAGCAAAAUGUCAAAAAGCGCACAACCCGCGACCUGGAGCAGGUGAUCGCCAUGAGUGAACACGACCCUCGUCGGAUGGAAGAGAUCCGGAAGUAUUCCGCUAUCUACGGGCGCUUCGACUGUAAACGAAGGCCGGAAAAGCCGUUGACCCUACACGAGGUGUGCGUGAACGAAGCUGCCGCCCAGAUAUGCAAAUACGUGCCGGCUCUCCUCACCCGACGAGACGAACUGUUCCCCCUGGCACGGCAGGUCGUCAAGGAGUGCGGUUUCGGUCACUCUGCCAGCAUUCGACUGACCGGCUUAUGCCAAACGCAACCCAGUCGACAUGAAGAGUUGGAUACCGCGCAGCAGAUGAAACGGGCACGCUUGUCCAGUGAUACCAGUUCCGAUCUCGGAAAGGAAAACUCCGAUGACAAUAGGGACCUGACGACCGCGUCGCUGUACCAGCACAUGACGGACAAACCGUUCGACCUAACCGAUUCAAGUAAAUUUUCGUUCACUCGAUCCGAAUUUGAUGACACAGAUUCUCGAUUUAGUUUUAGCAAUUCAAGUUCGUCACCAGUUCAAACUGGAAACGGAAUCGACCGAGAUUUGAACGAGCACGAGUUUGCGGACAACCUGCGGCACCACGCGGGCCGAUCGCUCAUACCGCACGACAGCUCCCUGGGGGUACAGGUCAUAUCGUCCUCCGGUGGGCACAUAAUCGCCGUGGCCAAUCCGGCCCUGGCUCUCAGUCCGGCGUUGAGCGAGGCCAUCACCAUCAAACGGGAAGCGAUGUCUCCGGAGUUAUAACCACAUUGCAUGGCGACACGGCACAACGGAUCGUAAUGAAAGAUCACUGGAUGAUGGGUGUUUGGGAGGGAUUUAGAUUUGGUGAGGGAUUAGAACUAGUCUAGCAACUUUUAAAAAGUUCUGAAUCAUUUACGUACUGUUUCUUUGGCAAUUUUGAAUAAAAAUUUAUAAUUUUCGGCAAUUGUGAUUAUUCACGCUAAAUUUUAACAACGCAUAGACUGUUCCUUUUGGUUUUUAUAUAGGAUUCUUUUUUUUAUAUUUCCUUCUAGGGCAAAAUUUUCUGUUCUUGUUUUCAAAACAAACAAAAUAAAAAAGAACGUCAAGACUGUUUUUAUAAAAAGGUAAUGGUUUAAAUCAAUUUUAGUUCUCUUGCUUAUGCAGCAUUAUUUUGACUCUGUAAAUAUAUACUCAUGAAUAAACUUUAGCUUUAUAUACAUACCUGUGUAUAUUUGGUAGCUGUAAUACAGUUUAGUUAUUUAGUAUCACUUACACAAUACAGGGGAUGGCCAAAAUGUUUGGGAUAGGCAACUUUUUUUUCUCUCACAAAAAAGUUCAACAUGCUAUAACUUUUCAUAGAGCGCAUCAAAAAAUCUCAAAUUUUGACUGUUUGUCAACCUACUAUAUGUGCAUCAUUGGUACAAAUUUGGGCUCGAUUGAUUAAUAUUUCGCAAAGUUAGAACCGUUCGGGUAAAACACUAUUUUUUAGACAACUCAUUUUUGAGCUGUCAUAUCUCGGAAACCAGUAAACCGAAUUGAAUGAAAUUUUGAACGUACACUAACAAUAUGUAAAUGCUUCCUAUACUAUCAAAACAUAGGUACUUUUUAAACUUUGAAAAAAGUUAUCAUGGAUUGACACUUUUUGGAUUUUUCUCGAAAAAAUGUAAUUUUUUUACAUCAAUGUCAAUAAAUUUUAAUGUUGAUAUCCAAAGAUUUUCCACUUCUGUUCUCAAGUUAUCUCUAAUCAGAUAUAUUAGAGCCUAUUUAGAUUGAAGGAAGAACACAUUUAGUAAUUUUUGUGUGGUAUUGUAAAUUUGACUUAUUUUCCUCUAUAUGGGUAAAAAUUUCAACCCGGUAUAACUUAAUUCGUCGUGAGAAAAUAUUACAUUUUAUAACGUCGUAUUUAGUAUCAAUAUAUUGUUGAUAAACGUUAAAAAAUUCAUUCAAUUCGGUUCACUGGUUUCCGAGAUAUGACAGUUCAAAAAUUAGUUGUCUAAAAAAUAGUGUUUUACCCGAACGGUUCUGACUUCGCGAAAAAUGUAUCAAUCGAGCCCAAAUUUGUACCAAUGAUGCACAUAUAACAGGUUGACAAACAGUCAAAAUUUGAGAUUUUUUGAUGCACUCUAUGAAAAGUUACAGCAUGUUGAGUUUUUUUGUGGGAGAAAAA